AUGUGGAAAAUGUUCUUGUUCACAGAUCACACCAUCCAGUCUGUUUUCUGCUGCUGCUGCUGCUGCACAGUACAAAAAAGAGCAAUGAGAACAAAAAUGGACCUGGACCCUGAUAAUGGCCUGGUGACCCAGUACUCAGCCUCACAACCAGACGUUUCCUAUGCAUCUAGUUGGAAGUCCAGGCGUAAGAGGCAAUUACAGUCAAAGAACAAGCCAUUACCUCCUCUACCUACUGAGUCCUUGGAAGACUACACAGAAAAACCCAGGGUUAUUGCACUCUAUGACUUUUUCGCUAGAGGACCCUUAGAUUUGCCACUCAAGAAGUCAGAAGAAUACAUUAUCCUCGAACAGUAUGACCCCCACUGGUGGAAGGCAAGAGACAAACAUGGAAAUGAAGGUCUAAUUCCCAGCAACUACGUUACUGAGAACAAGAAAAGUAAUUUAGAAACAUAUGAGUGGUACUGCAAAUACAUAAACAGAAGCCAGGCAGAACUUCUUUUGCGCCAGCAGUCCAAAGAAGGUGGAUUUGUUGUCAGAAAUUCAAGCCAACAGGGACUUCUUACGCUGUCAAUGUAUUCACGGGCUAAAGGAAGUCAUAGUGAAGAUAUUCGACAUUAUCAAAUUAAGAGAAACCACUUGGGACAAUAUUAUGUAGCCGAAAAAUACCUCUUUUCAUCUGUUCCUGAACUCAUUGAGUAUCAUCAACACAAUGCUGCAGGUCUUAUCACUCGUCUCCGACAUCCAGUUGGAUCAGCUGGAUGCUCUUCACCAGCAACAGCAGGAUGGAAUUAUGAGGAGUGGGAAUUAAACCCAUCUGAACUGAAGUUCAUGAAAGAACUUGGACGUGGGCAGUUCGGACUCGUUCAGCUUGGUAAAUGGAAAGCAGCCAUCAAGGUUGCCAUCAAGACAAUCAAUGAAGGAGCAAUGUCUGAAGAUGAUUUCAUCGAGGAGGCCAAAGUGAUGAUGAAACUCUCCCAUCCAAAGCUGGUCCAGCUUUAUGGAGUGUGCACACAUCGCAAGCCUCUCUAUGUUGUGACUGAGUUCAUGGAGAACGGCUGCCUGCUCAAUUACCUCCGGCAAAGACGAGGGAAACUCGGCAGAGACAUGCUGCUGAGCAUGUGCCAGGAUGUGUGCGAAGGGAUGGAAUACCUGGAAAGAAAUAGUUUUAUUCACCGUGAUUUAGCUGCAAGAAACUGUCUAGUCAGUGCGGAGCACAUCGUUAAAGUAUCUGACUUUGGCAUGGCGAGGUAUGUCAUCGAUGAUGAAUAUAUCAGCUCUUCGGGUGCCAAGUUUCCGAUCAAAUGGUCAUCUCCCGAAGUCUUUCAUUUCAAAAAAUACAGCAGCAAAUCAGAUGUCUGGUCAUUUGGUGUACUGAUGUGGGAAGUUUUCACAGAAGGCAAAAUGCCUUUUGAAAGUAAGUCAAAUUCUGAAGUUGUCCGUGAGAUUUCUCGGGGUCACCGACUUUAUCGACCACAUUUGGCACCACAUGCUGUGUACAGAGUCAUGUACAGCUGCUGGCAUGAGAAACCUGAAGGACGUCCUCCUUUUGCAGAGUUAAAAGAGACACUCACAGAUAUAAGAGAGAAGAGAUAA